GCAGACGUAAGACCUUAUCUAAUCGACUGACAUAAGAUUUUUUUGGCUAUCGCUAUUUGCAGAGUCACAGCAUCGACGACGCAGGGAAAUGGAUGCUCCAGAUAUCGCGUUUGACAAAUCAACAUAUUUGCCAUCAACACGUUUCCCCCGCUUACAAUUUGGUUUGUCUUGGACGGCGACAGUUUAGUAUUGACUGCGGUUACACUAUUGCACGAACAUUAGUACGUGCGUACUUACGAGCUGAUACGUGACAUUAUCCAGGACGAAAUUCGCAUUCAAAGUCGCACCGUGGGUUCACUUGUGAUCAUUUGUGAUAAUUGAUUGGCGUUUACCUGCAGACGAUGGAGUUCCCCGGAAUUCUAUGUGGAAUUACCGGAAUUCUAUGUGCAAUUCUCACUUUUUAUUACUUCGUCAAGUCGACCUUUGACUUUUGGAAGUCACGCGGCGUUCGUGGUCCACGACCUACACUGGGACCUAGUAAUUUAAAAAACAUUCUACUUUCGAGAAUAGCCGCGGGUAACGUAAAUUACUUGAAGGAAACAUACGACAAUUACAAAGACGAACGAUUAAUUGGGAUAUUUGCUGGGAUGACACCUAUUCUUAUUGUGAAAGAACCUGAUUUAAUUAAGGAUGUCCUUAUCAAAGAUUUCUCCGUAUUCGCUCACAGAGGACUAUCCACUUUUGAAAAGACUGAACCGCUGUCGCAACAUCUUUUCUCCUUGGAGCCGAAGAGAUGGCGACCGUUAAGAAUGAAACUGUCACCUGUCUUUACAUCCGGUAAAUUGAAGGAAAUGUUCUCCUUAAUGUCAGAGUGUGCUGACAACCUUGUCCAAUACAUAGACAAAGUAGCGAGCAAGAACGAGCCCGUAGAAUGCCGCGAGUUGACGGCGAAAUAUACGACCGAUGUUAUCGGUAGCUGCGCGUUCGGCAUACAAAUGAACGCGUUGUCGAACGAAGAUAGUGAAUUUCGCAGGAUGGGAAGAAAAGUAUUCAAUCCGUCCAAGACACAUAUGUUACGAAUAAAAAUCAGAGAAUCUUUUCCGCGGCUGUACAAUAUGCUCGGUAAUAUCCUACCGCAAAUAGAUUUCAGCGAAUUCUUUACACGCGUUAUCGUGGAGACCAUGGAUUACAGAGAGACGAAUAAUAUCACUAGGAACGACUUCGUUGAUACGUUGCGUGAAUUAAAGAAGCACCCAGACAAAUUAGGCGAUAUUAAUUUAACAGAUGGUUUAUUAGCUUCUCAAGCAUUCGUAUUUUAUAUUGCUGGCUUUGAAACUUCGUCGACGACUAUCAGUCACACGCUCUACGAGUUAGCGUUAAAUCCAAAAAUACAAGAUAAAUUACGUGAAGAAAUUGACGAGGUCUAUGCGAAACAUGGCGGAAAUUUAAUACGUGACAAUAUCAAAGAGAUGGAUUAUUUGGAUAAAGUUUUCAAAGAAACUUUACGGAAAUAUCCACCAGCGACGUUUCUUAUGAGACAGUCGACGUCGAGUUAUACUUUCGAUGGUACCGACGUGACUAUCCCGAUGGACCAAAAGGUAUGGAUUCCCAUUUACGCGAUUCAUCGAGACCCGAGUAUUUAUUCGAAACCAGACGUCUUCGAUCCAGAAAGAUUUAACGAGGAAGCUGUGCAAAACAGGCACCCAAUGGUUUAUCUACCUUUCGGCGAUGGGCCAAGGAAUUGCAUUGGUUCUCGUUUCGCUAUUUAUCAGAGUAAAAUUGGCCUUAUAAAAAUACUACGGAACUACAAAGUCGAGACUUGUGAGAAAACUCCAAUACCUUACAUAAGCAAUCCUAGAGCAUUCGUCUUGUGUCCGAAUAGUGGAAUAUAUUUAAAAAUAAUUAAAAUUAAUCGAGAUUAGUGUGUGGGCUUUUUGGGCUUUGCUGGAAAAUUAAAUUGCCAAAAAAAUCUCCACCAAAUAAUAUAAUCACUAUAUUAUUGACUAUAAUUGACUAUAUAAUAUUUAUUGUACUAAUAUUAUAUGUGUAGUAACGUCUCAUUAAUCAAAUAAAUAUUUGCAAAUAUAUGUC